CAAUUCUCAAAAUCAGCGCUUGGCCAAACAGGCUAUAAAGCAAUCUGUGAGAAGUGAGAGCUCUCUGCAUUGUGAGCAGAACCAAGACAACCAAAAAAGAAGAGAAAAAACUUGAUGUAAACUAGUUAUGAUAUUUAAGAAUUCAUUUCAGCCGGGAAUCAUGAGAGUGGCAGUGCCACGUUGUGGAAUUCCAUUAUUGAAGCCUGUCAACAAAUUCCCCUUCUUCUCUUCCACCCUUUCGCCUAAAACUUGUGCUCGAACCUUCUCUGCGAAAAUGUCAACAAACCCACCUUCUCAACUUACCCACACAAUCAAUCUUCCAGCCCAACUCAAUCAACCCGUUUCUAUUAUCGCUGCUCCCGGCGUCUCCAAUGCCCAGUUCAGUCAGAUUUCUGGAAGAUCUUCAAAAGAGGAAGCAUUUUAUGUAAAGUGGUUAAAGAACAUACAAGCUGAAACAGGACUGCUGGUUAAUGGAGCUAUGUCUUUAAGACAAGUUCUUAUUCAGGGUGUAGAUAUGUUUGGAAAGCGUUUGGGGUUUCUAAAGUUCAAAGCAGAUAUUAUUGAUAAGGAGACAGGUCAAAAGGUUCCUGGUAUUGUCUUUGCACGGGGUCCAGCUGUUGCAGUGCUAAUCCUUUUGGAUUCUGAGGGUGAGACGUAUGCUGUGCUUACGGAGCAGGUUAGGGUACCUGUUGGGAGGCUAAUUUUGGAAUUGCCAGCAGGAAUGCUGGAUGAUGACCAUGGUGACUUUGCUGGAACAGCAGUUCGAGAGGUUGAGGAAGAAACUGGAAUACACCUGAAUGUUCAUGAUAUGGUCGACCUCACGGCUUUUCUUGAUGCAUCGACUGGGGGAAGAGUUUUUCCUUCUCCUGGUGGCUGUGAUGAGGAGAUCAGUUUGUUUCUAUACAGAGGAAAUGUCAGCAAAGAGAAAAUCCAACAACUGCAAGGGAAAGAAACUGGACUACGAGACCAUGGGGAGCUGAUUAAGGUGCAUGUGGUUCCAUAUGAUAAACUGUGGCGUGCCACAGCUGACGCAAAGGCUCUGACCGCAAUUGCCCUCUAUGAGAUGGCCAAAAGAGAUGGGCUGCUGCCUUGAGUUAAUAUUUUCUCUCCCAUUUUUAUCUCAAUUUACUUUAUUGUUUGCUUGGCUGAAUAGGUGAUGGUAUAUCUUAGGCAGAUGACUUCUACAUUAUGGGUAUUCCUAGGCGAACACUCCUGGCAACUGCAUCUGUUGCUUAGUUUUGAACUUUUGUACAUAGACACACAAAAGCUGUUUUGCAUAGAACACAAUUUUAUCAUUUCGAAAAAGAUAAUAAAAAAGGGAAAGAGGAGAUUGGUCCUUGCACA